AUGCUGUGGAUAAUUAGGUGCCUUGCUCUUGUGGCAUCCACACUAGGAUGUGGAGUGCCUGUAAUUAAGCCUCAAGUUAGUGGUUACAACAGGAUUGUGAACGGUGAGAACGCAGUGUCUGGGUCGUGGCCCUGGCAGGUGUCACUUCAGGAGACAUCUGGCUUCCAUUUCUGUGGAGGAUCCCUCAUCAACCAGUACUGGGUCAUCACUGCUGCCCACUGUGGUGUGAGCCCUUCACGUCACCGUGUUAUCCUCGGCGAGUACAAUCGCGCAUCUAAUACUGAGCCUAUUCAGAUCAAAACCAUUGCCAAGGCCAUCACACACCCCUACUACAACAGUUACAACUUCAACAAUGAUAUCACCCUGGUGAAGUUGUCCUCUCCAGCUCAGUUGACCAACCGUGUGUCUCCUGUGUGCUUGGCCUCUUCUAGUACCAAUGUUCCUGCUGGCACACGCUGUGUAACCACUGGCUGGGGCAGAACAGCAUUCACAUGUGAGUCAAGCCCCAAUAUUCUGCAGCAGACUGCCCUGCCCAUACUGAGCAUAGCACAAUGCCAGCAGUACUGGGGCAACAAGAUCUUCGACUCUAUGAUUUGUGCUGGAGCCUCUGGUGUCUCCUCUUGCCAGGGUGAUUCUGGUGGCCCUCUGGUCUGUGAGAAAGGUGGGGUCUGGUAUCAGGUCGGAAUUGUAUCCUGGGGAACAAGCAAUUGCAAUGUGCGCGCCCCUGCUGUUUAUGCCCGAGUUUCGUACCUGCGUAAUUGGAUUGACCAGACUGUUAGCAGGAACUAG